UCUGAUUUGUGAUGUAAGAUCGUGUUUGUGACAGUCAUUGACAGAUAAUUUGUCAUUUUAGAUGAUCGACGCUUUUUAUGUACUGUUUUAGAUAUGAGUGUCUGCGUUUAAAACAUUUUUUAGUAAUAUAUACCACAAAAAUGUCGGAAAAAAACGAGAAAAUUACUCAAUUCAUGUCAAUAACAGAUGCAACAGAAGACAGAGCAAUUUUUUUUUUGGAAUCGGCAAACUGGCAAUUAGAGGUUGCAAUGGCAAGAUAUUACGAAAAUGAUGGAGAAGACGGAAACGUUGAAGAAGUACCCCCAAUUACAGAAUCGCCAAAGUCUCCAGUGUCUAUUCAGAAAAAGCCUAAACCAAAGGUUAAAAUCGCAAGUAAUGUAACUACUAUUAGCGUAAUCAAUAGUUCUAGUGAUGAAGAUGAUGAAGAAGGACAAGCAUACUAUGCUGGAGGAUCAGAAAAUAGUGGACAGCAAGUUCUAGGUCCUCCAAAAAAGAAAGACUUUGUUGCUGAUAUGUUCAAAUCUGUCCAAAAACAUGGAGUUGAAAUUGUUGAACCAAGGGCAUCUACAUCCAAUACAAGAGCUUUUAGGGGAACAGGAUAUAAGCUUGGUCAAGAAGACAAUGAUACUGAAGUAGUUCAAGGUAUUCCUGAACCUACUGCACCUUCUGAGGUUGCAUUGAGAUUGUGGAAAAAUGGAUUCAGUGUUAAUGAUGGUACAUUGAGACUUUACACAGAUCCAGCUAACAAAGACUUUCUUGAAGAUAUUAGAAAAGGAAAGAUUCCAAAAGAAUUGAGAAAGGGAACUUCUGAAAUACAUUUAGCUAUGGAAGAUCGUAGAACUGAAGUUUAUAAACCUCCAAAAACAUCAAAUGCUUUCCAAGGGCAAGGUUAUACUUUAGGUAGCCCUACUCCAACUGUUGUAGGUACUUGUAGUGAUGAGGAUAAAACAAAUUAUGAAGUAAAGGCCAGAGAACAACUCAAAUUAGAUAAUUCUAAACCAACAACUAGCUUGCAGAUUCGACUUGCAGAUGGUUCGAGAUUAGUUGCUCAAUUUAAUCAUGAACAUACUGUCGCCGAAAUUAGAGCUUAUAUUCAAGUUGCCCGACCUGAAUAUCAGAAUCAACCAUUUAAUUUAAUGUCGUCUUAUCCACCAAAGAUACUGGAUGAUACACAAACCAUUGCAGAUGCUGCGUUACUCAACUCUGCAAUUAUGCAAAAAUUAAUUUGAAAUAAACUUCACCUUCAUAGAUAUAGUUUGUUUUAUAAAGUUAAUGUAAAUUUAUUUAUAACAAACUAGCAAUAAAGCUUCUUUCAAUAAA